UCCUGGAUCACAGGAAUUGAAAAGACAUGAGGAAGCAUAAGUUAGCAGAAUGAAAAGCACCCAAAGUCUGCUCCAAAAACCAGACGUGUUUAAUUGUUAGCUUUAGUGGUGCAACAGACAGAUUUUGAUGUUUUUGGACAGAGCCAAGAUAGAGUUUCUGUUGCUGCAGUUUAUCAUAAAGUCCCCCUUAUGACAGACUGUAAAAAUAAUGGAGCUACAGAGUCCCACAAGGGUCACGCUGAGAUUUGUUUUGAUUUAUUUUACCUCACAUUACUUUUUUGUUACCUCCCAAUAACUGUUGUGUUCAUUCACAGUAUGCUUUAAUUCCUCCUGAUCCAUAUGAGCAGUUUGUGGGAUGAUCUGGUCCAUUUAUAAACUCUGCCAAGCCAGAGAAAGUAGAGAUGAUGGUACAUUUUAUAUGAUGCAUUUAUUACUCAUUAUUCUUUUUAAAAGGUAGAUUUCAGAUAGCAUCCAGCUGCUGGUUGUAGGAGCAGCUGCUCUGUCUGCUGUGAUGGUGAAGGUGUAGCUGGAUAGAUGGUUGCUGUUGAGACUCUGACUGCUGCUAUGUUUCCAGCUAUGGUGCCGCAAUGUCCAGCUGUUAACAAUUUGAACCUGCUGUGCUUAUUUGCGGGUUUUUUUUUCAACAAAAUUGAAGCCUCAAUACAACGCUCAGCCAGCAACGCAAUCACUGCACCCUCAGAGUUACAACCCUUAAAAGCAUGCCACAGCCAGAGUCAUAAUGACCAAAGCACACAAGCGUGUCCUCAAAAACAUGAGAGAAAAAUCCACAAACGUUUAAGAGAAUUCAAAAACAUGACUGAGUAAAACCACAGCACAGCCAAGUCUGACUUGUCUCUUUAAUUUUUCUUGACACAGAUGAUCUGCCGUACUUGAAGUGUCCCCUGCACACGAUCCUAAAGCUCACCCCUGUGGCUUAUGGUUGUAAAGUGGACAUGUUUGACCUGAAGGUGGAGGCUGUCAACACUCACAGGAACAGACCAUUUAAUAAAGCCCGACCGGACGCUGUGCCACCAGCUUUCCUCCGAAGGAACAGUUUCACUCCUCUAUCCAGCCAAGACCAGAUUAAACGGCCUCGGCUGUACAGCGUCGGUAACCCUCCACAUGCUCGUAUGUCGCAGGCUCCCACUUUACCCAGCAUGCAAUUCUCUGAGGCGUCUGAGGGGACAGAAUUGCUACAAGGCGAGGGCACUCUGAACGGUUUCAGUGCUGCAGACACAGAUGAGUGUGUUCGGAGUGUAACAGGAAGCACAUGAAGAGAUUUUUUCUGUAACUUCUUCUCAUCUGUCACGUGGAACAUCUGUACUCACUCCUACAUUUUGCUAUUUAACUCAGGCUUUCCUCCACGAGUUAACACCAGCUGUGAUGACCAGCAGUAAAAGCCAGCUUCAGCCAUGAAUUCUUAAGCACUGUAUAACACAUUGUAUCUGUGUAACCUUUUGUGUGUUUAAUCUCUUUGGUUUUAGCAUGUAUGUGCACACACUUGUAGUCUGGACUGUGAUCCGUGUCAGAUAUACAAAUCAAGGAUUUGUAGUCAAGAAACCUUUCCAGUCUUAUUAUUCUGCAUUAAAUGUAGAAUGUGAUUAUGAAUCAUAUACGUCGGUGGAAGGUGUUGCCUUCAGUUUUAGUAGAAAAGAGUGCCUCUCUUGAAGGAAGCCUUAAUUUGUCCUCAGAUUGUUUCUUUAUCUUUCCUAUUUAAACAUUCCCAGGUAAUGUGCAUCCUUCCUCUGAUGAUCUGACAAGAUGUAGUAAUUAUUUUAUUCUGAAGUUUAAAUUAAGCUUGCAAAUUUGCAGUUUAGCUUGGGCAGACACAAGCUGUAAAAAUGAAUUAAAUGUUUCAUCCCGCCCUAUAAAAAGUGCAUUAGCUACUGA